UAAUCACAUAUUAUAUAUUUAUUAUUUUUGUAUGAACAUUGUGGGUAAAUUUCUACAUGCUUCUAAAAUUUUGGAAGAAAACGCCAAAGUAUAUAGAUAAUUGCACAAGUAAAUAUUUACUAGUAUUUAAGUUUUAUCCAACCUUAUUUAAGUUAUCAUGAUUAAGUGAUUUAAUGAAAUGAAAAUAUACAUCAAUUAAUAGUAAUAAGUAAUAUAUUUUCAAACACAUAUCAUCUAUCUAUUUAAGUAGAUAGCGGAUGUUGAUAAGUUUAUUGUUCACUUUGCUGGGAAGCAUCCCAUGAACUGAUGUACCUAGGGAUUGGGAAAGAAAUUUCUAAUUCAAUGAAUGGAUGGUUUUGGCAAGUCGAUACGGCUGAUAGCUCUUUUUUUUUUUUUUUUUUGGUCGAGCCCACAAGUAAUUGAAAUAAUUUAGUAUUUUAAGCUUAUUAUGUGUUGUCUGCUAUAAUUCGAUUGAUCUCACUAGUUCAUACCCAGUCCCUACAUCUCAAAUGAAUAUACUUUGGAGUUUAUCAAGCUUGCAGGAAAUUAGCUUGUGGGAUCUAUUCAUCAAAAGAACCUUUCAACAACAUUGGGCCAAAAUAAUCAGCAAGGUUUUUCCUUUCAUUGAAUUAGUUACACUAAUUUUCUGAUAAUUUUUAUAGUCGAUCCCAAUUUAAUUGAAAUUAAGUCAUGGUUGAUUAACCAACUAACUACUAACGUAAUUAUCGAUGACUCUGAUCUUUCCCCAUACUAGAUUAAACCUUGAAGUCUUGCAACCGUAUCUGGGCCUUGAUAAUUAGUAGUUGUUUGACAGUGCAAUUAUUAUUAAUUAGUCGUUCCCAUAAUCAUGCCAUCUGAUACUCCUAUUAUAUCAGAUAAUCUGUCUGUCUGCGCCAUAUUGAUUAUCAAUAAUGCUUGAUGAAAACAAAGACGGAAUGGUCAGGUUUAUGCUUUAAGCAUAUGUCAAUUUCAUAGAUCUUCCCUAGCAAUGAACCAGACGCAACAUUUUUAAUUUAAUUUUGAUUUAAGGACUCAAACAGUAGACGACACUCUCAGAGCCUGUUUGGAUGGGCUUAAAAAAAACAGCUUAUAAGCUGCUUUAGAUAAGUUAAGUCAAACAAACUCAAUUAAUUUUUUGGACUUAUUUUAAGCACAAAAUGACUUUAAGCUGACCAGUCAAACACUCAAAAAAACUGAAAACAGCUUAUAGACAACUUAUAAGUCAAUCCAAACGGGCUCUUAAUCUUUUUUGGGCUUUCUGUUUGUAGUACUAAACCUAUGAAUCGCUUUGAAAAGGACCAAUAUGAGAAAACAAAAAUGUCUAAACUAUAUAGUCUGAAUCUAAUGAGGUAUCUCAUUUGUCCGUCCUCAAACUUACAGAAAUUUGUCCUAUUAGUUUUAAUCGCUUUGAGGAUGAGCAAGAUGAGAGAAAUAACAGUAUCCGUGGUAAAUUUUCAAAGGUGACUGACUCAAGAAAUGACAAUUCGUAUCUGUUUUUCUUUUGGUUAGAGCAAGAGAGAGAGAGAGAAAAAAGAAAUGACGUGUAAUUUUCUCACUUUGACUACUGAAAUUUGAUGAAUGGAAAUGUGUUUUGUGCUUAUUCUUUCUUUAUAUACGAUUGACAAGACUUCCAAUUAUGUCCAUUUCUUCGUGAAAAUUAAUACUUACUAGUAUAUUGACAAAACAAGAAGAAUUCAACACCGGUAUAUAAUUUUUCAGUAUUUAAAUCCAAUAAAAAUAUCACUUGAGAAUAGUAUAGAUUAUCAUUGCCAUCUCGAUUACGGCAUGUUUCUUUUAUAAUUAUAUGUUGAACAGUUAGCUGCAUGUGUAUGGACAUUGUCCACGCCUUCAGCCAUAGUAUAAGUCUCCUUCUUUCUUUUUCAAUUUAAAUAACUAUUCGGUAUUUGAAAUUAACUUGCUUGACUAAUUUAGAUUCUUGUUUCAUAGGGCCAUAAAGAGCAGGGCGUUCCCUAUAUGAGGUUACUUCUUUUCCAAGGCUCCAACCCGAUGACUCUAUUCCGAGUCUCCUUUCUUUUUUUACAAUAUUAGUGAUGUCUUUGGUCAUCAUUUCGUACAUGGACAUUUUAUUUUGAAAGGUUUCACAGCAUUUGGGACUUGGAGGAGAUACCUGUGUCAGCCCAAUCCUUUUGGAGCCCUUUUUUAUGCCCAAUAAAAAAUUAUAAACACUCCACUAACAUUAGUCUCUUCAAUAUUAAAACUUGGUUGCUUUAACUUCCACUCUUCAGCAUCCAUGUAAUGUAAUCUUUAAUUAGUUGCUCCCCACUAGCCUAUUUCCACUUCCUUUUUGCCAUUCUUCUUGAAUCUUCUUAUCCACCAGAAGUUGACUUUUAGAUUUUGAGCCUGUUUGGACGGGCUUAAAAAAAAUAGCUUAUAAGUUGUUUUAGAUAAGCUAAGUCAAACGGGUCCAAUUAAUUUUUUGGGUUUAUUUUAAGCACAAAAUGAUUUUAAGCUGGCCAGCUAAACACUCAAAAAAACUAAAAACAGCUUAUAGGCAACUUAUAAGCCAAUCCAAACGGGCUCAAAUUGUCUAUUUUUCCCCUGAUUAUAUAUAGCCUUGUUCAUUAGCUUGAGCUCAAUUACUAUUAGUUGUUGAAGGUGAAAAUGAGCACAAAGGCAAAGAAAGAAAGCGGAUUUAAGAAGUGCAUAAAAGCACCAAUGAGAGUUCUAAUUAAAGCCAGGGACUGCUAUGUUAGGAGCCUGACGGAUUGUUCUGGCAGAAUUGGGUAUGGCAGUGCCAUUGGCUCAUGUCCUGCCGUUACAUAUAUCUCCUCUCUGCCCAGAAGUUUUAGCGUCAAUUCGUCUGUUUCUAGUGGUGAUGAAGAUCUCAGGGAGCUAAUGCGAAUUGCUUCAACAAGGAAUCUUGUAAACAAGGUGGAAUUGGAGCCCCUGAGGCAAAAAUCCGUUGUGCCUCGGACUCGUUCUGUUGCCAUUGGAAGAAUUGAUGAAGACGAGCCCUGUGAUUUCGGUGACGAUGUCAUGGCAAGCCCUGUUAUUUUGGUGAAUACAGAUGUUUAUCCCAGAAGUAGAAGCUAUGCUGUUUCAUCCACAAGGGCGAGGAUGAUUUGAAGAAGAAUCCAAUGAAGAAAAUCUAAAAAUUGGCUGGCUGUUGAGAUAUCAGCUAGUCCUUAAUUAGUAGUGGCUUUGUUUUUAUCUUCCUCCGGUUUUUAUAGACUGUUUCCUGGAUUGUAAUUAUUGUUUUUCUUCCCAUGUUGUCAUCUACUGUUGCAUAUACAUGUUCACUUACUUGGCUGUCAAUUCUCCAUGUAAUAUAACAAAUAGGGCAUCUUUAUUUUCAUUCUCUGUUGCCCUUCCUCUUAAUGUUCCUCUUCUACGUGGGGCUGUGAGGGUAAUUUUGUGAUUGUAAUCUUAGAGAAAAUAUUA